AAUCGAGGAAACUCAAGAGAUUUCUCUCUGUUGCUAACAGUAGCUAGCCGGAUAAUCUUCUGAACAGUGCAGCCGUUCUUAUUUAGUUGGCCGUUAGUGUUCGUGUCUGUUUUUCUCUUUAGAUUCCAGCGCUCUUGGAAUUCGCUGCUAGUGACAAACGUUGAACCAGACAACGACGGCCAACCUUUUUUUUCUCUCCGCUGGAUGUUUGGCUAUUCUUGUAUUUCUCCCAGGAUGUUAGCACAUAAGCAAACCAGCUAGCUAGCAAAUCUGCUAAAGUAGCCAAAUAGCUGCUCUUUCCGGAUGCUUUGAAUAGCAACGCAGCGGAUUUGGGGAGUUUCUAGUCGGCCUUGUAUGAUGUCAAGCAACCGGCCACAGCAAAGCGCUGCUGGGGCGAGUUCAGUGCCCAGCACAAGUAGCAGCAGCAGCAGUAGUACAGGAGGCACUGGGAAUACAAACGGUGGCGGUGGCAGCAGCGCUCCCACAAGUAAUGGGAGCACUUCUGGAAAUGUUGUGCCCUCACGGACCCUUGCAGCGGCCGGAGAGGGCGGCCUGUCAGUGCCAACUCUGGCCGCCGUGCCGUCAGCCCGGGGCGGCUUAGCUUCUCUCAGCAGACCGUCUGCGUCCUCUGGUAACAGAAAGAGAUCCCUGCACCAGGCACCACUGUACAACGGUCUCUUGAAUUCAUACGAAGAUAAAAGCAACGACUUCGUCUGUCCCAUUUGCUUCGAAAUGAUAGACGAGGCACACAUGACGAAGUGCGGGCACAGUUUUUGUUUCAAGUGUAUCCGCCAGAGUCUGGAGGACAGCAACAGAUGUCCCAAGUGUAACUAUAUUAUCGAUAACGUGGAUCAGGUCUACCCAAACUUUCUUGUAAAUGAACUGAUCCUUAAACAAAAACAGAGGUCAGAAGAGAAGAGGCUAAAGUUAGAUCAUCCAAAUGGGUCUCGGUGGCAGGUCUUCCAGGAUGUUUUGAGUCCUGACCAGGAGAACUUGGACCUGGCAAAUGUCAACCUGAUGCUCGAGCUGCUGCUUCAGAAGAAGAAGCAGCUGGAAGCGGAAUCCCAGGCAGCUCAGAGACAGAUCCUCAUGGAGUUCCUUAAAGAAGCCAGGAGAAACAAGAGAGAGCAACUAGAGCAACUGCAGAAAGAGCUCAACUUCCUCGAAGAAGACAUCAAACGUGUCGAGGAAAUGAGUGGGCUGUACUCUCCUGUGAUGGAGGCUGAGUGUACUGUGCCUAAUGUGGAAGCUCCCUCUCCAGCACCCAGCUGCUUUGUUUCUGGCACUGCCUUCACUUUGCUCUUGGGACUGUUUCCUCAGGGAAAACGUCAGACCUGGUACAACAGCACCCUGGCGUCAAGAAGAAAGAGGCUCACAGCUCAUUUUGAGGAUCUAGAGCAGUGCUACUUCUCCAGCAAAAUGUCCCGCAUCACAGAUGAGGGCAGGAACCUGAAUCAGCUGGAUGAUUUCAUGGAGUGUUUGUCAAAGUUCACUCGCUAUAACUCUGUGCGGCCGCUGGCCACCCUGUCAUACGCCAGUGACCUCUAUAAUGGCUCCAGUAUCGUGUCUAGUAUUGAGUUUGACCGAGACUGUGACUACUUCGCCAUCGCUGGCGUAACCAAAAAGAUCAAGGUGUUUGAGUACGGCACUGUGAUCCAGGAUGCAGUGGACAUCCACUACCCUGUCAACGAAAUGACUUGCAAUUCCAAAAUCAGCUGUAUCAGCUGGAGCAGUUAUCACAAAAACCUCCUGGCCAGCAGUGACUAUGAGGGAACUGUUAUUUUGUGGGAUGGAUUCACAGGCCAGAGGUCCAAAGUCUACCAGGAACAUGAAAAAAGAUGUUGGAGUGUAGACUUCAAUCUCAUGGACCCAAAGCUUUUAGCCUCAGGUUCUGAUGAUGCUAAAGUCAAGUUGUGGUCAACUAAUCUUGACAAUUCAGUGGCUAGCAUUGAGGCUAAGGCUAACGUCUGCUGUGUUAAAUUCAGCCCAACCUCCAGAUAUCAUCUGGCCUUCGGUUGUGCAGACCACUGUGUUCACUACUAUGAUCUCCGCAACACUAAGCAGCCAAUCAUGGUGUUCAAAGGCCACAGGAAGGCCGUCUCCUAUGCCAAGUUCGUCAACGGAGAGGAAAUUGUUUCUGCUUCGACGGACAGUCAGCUGAAGCUGUGGAACGUCAACAAACCUCACUGCCUGCGCUCCUUCAAGGGUCACAUCAACGAGAAGAACUUUGUGGGCCUGGCCUCAAACGGAGACUACGUUGCCUGUGGCAGUGAGAACAACUCCCUGUAUCUGUACUACAAAGGACUUUCCAAGACACUGUUAACAUUCAAGUUUGACACAGUGAAGAGCGUUCUGGACAAGGACAAGAAGGAGGACGACACCAACGAGUUUGUCAGCGCUGUCUGCUGGAGGGCCCUGCCUGACGGAGUGAGCUCCCCUCUAUACUCAGUAACAUUGUCAUUGACUGCACUUUGAAGGGCGCACUACAAAGGAUAUUAAUGGGUUAGUGAGGUCUGUCAAGUCAGGUGAAAAGGUGGCUUUCUUUUUCCUUAGUUAGAUCACCAUGG